AUCAUUUCGGCUUGUUCAUAACACUUGAGCAAAAUGUUACUAAUUCGGUUGCUAAUAUUGGUGCCACUAGUCCAAGUGGAACCGUUUGCCAUGCCGAGUCUAAGUGAUUUGUGGAAAAUGGCAAAGUUUGGCUACAACGUAGGAAGUAAGAUUAAAGAAGGAUACGAUAUAUAUGAAUUAUUUACGGACGACACUAGCGAGAGGAUAGAUAAGAUAUUGGACCAGGUGGCUGAAGUAUCGACUAAGAUUGAUGGAUUCGAAUCCCGCUUGGAUCAGAGAUUGGAUGUUAUAGUGGAAAGCCUUGUCUCCAGAAUAACACUUAUUCAAAAACUUGAUACAACUUUCAUGGAGCUUCACAAAAUCAUUGUUAGUGUUGAUCGUUUGUGGGAGACCUACCUCAAGUAUUCAAAAAAUUAUAAGAGUUUCAACAACGCUACAUUGAAAGAGUUCAUCGCCUACGCAACUGGAAUUCAGGACCGUGAUUUAGAGGGUCGGCUCAGUCAGGUCCAUCGCUUGAUUGUUCCCCUUAGGACAGCCCACAUUAGAGACAGUUUAUUCCUCACAAUGUUGAAGAAUGAAAAAGAAAAUGAGUUAAUAACUUGCGAUGAAGGCAACUCGCACCAACAGAUAAUUUUCCAAAUUUAUUACACCGUUGCUCUCACUGAAUUACGAGGAUUUAUUAUGGCUGCUUGGGCGUAUGGAAUACGACCAAGGUUUGAGAAAGGGACGUAUACUGCCGAGGUAAAUGACUUGGAAGCACGAUUCACAAUGAGAACGCGAGAUUAUUUACUAUCCACAAAAGAGGCAAUGAAAAUAGCUUCGACCUCAAUUCGUCGAUGUGAUCCUAAGGGCGGACAUAUCAAAGGACUGACUUAUGCGGAAUUCGAUGAGCUCUUCCACACGUAUGUUAUCAAUGAAGCUGAUAUAGAUCGUUGGGACUCGUGUGAGCGUACUUGCGAAACGAUAGGCACUCAAACAUAUCGAAGGAGACAUGAUACCUAUCUCAACUAUAACUAUGAUAGACCUUGUUGGGGUAGUAUCACUGGUUGUAGAAAGGGCGGCGGAAAAAUGACAGUUUGCGACACG